UGCAAGUUGAAUAUAAAAACAAAAUGAAGCUGGUUCAAUUUCUGCUUUGAAAACUUAAUUCUGUGGCAUCAUUAUGGGAAGGGUGUAGCCAUCACUGAGCUCUGCAACUGAUGGAGAUAUAUGUACUUUGGGCUGUUGGUUUAUGCUUUUUGCUGGUUGGUGAUGGAGUUGAAGUUGAAGCUUCCCAUCAACCUUACAGAAAUCUUCAAUCACUUCCAAGAGAGCAGCCUUACAGGACUGCCUACCACUUUCAACCUCCUAAAAACUGGAUGAAUGAUCCUAAUGGACCAAUGUGUUAUAAGGGUGUCUACCAUCUAUUUUACCAAUACAAUCCAUAUGCUGCUGUGUGGAGUAACAUCUCAUGGGGUCAUUCAAUAUCAUAUGAUCUUGUUAAUUGGGUUCAUCUUGAACCUGCCAUUAAUCCAUCAGAGCCUUUUGAAAUUAAUGGUUGCUGGUCUGGUUCAACUACAUUCCUUUCUGGGGAAAAACCUGCCAUUUUGUACACUGGAGCUGACCUCAAAAAACGCCAAGUUCAAAACUUGGCAGUGCCCAAGAAUGCUUCUGACCCGCUCUUAAUAGAAUGGGUGAAAUCUCCUCAUAAUCCUCUACUGACUCCAAUUGAUGACAUUGAUCCAGACAAUUUUAGAGACCCAACAACUGCUUGGCAAGGGCCAGACAAAGUAUGGCGGGUAAUUGUUGGCAGCAAGAUCAAAGGUCGUGGAAUGGCAAUUCUAUAUCGAAGCAAAGAUUUUGUUAAUUGGACUAGGAGUAACAAACCACUCCACUCAUCAACAAAAACUGGCAUGUGGGAGUGUCCAGAUUUUUACCCUGUCCGUAUCAACAGCAAAAAUGGAGUUGAAACCUCUGCUCAACAUAUAUUUACCAAGCAUGUGCUGAAGGCAAGUUUUAAAGAUUGUGACCACUACAUAUUGGGAAAUUACACUCUCAAAACAGAUAGUUUUUUGGUUGACACUGAUUUUAUGGAUACCGGAUUUGACUUGAGAUAUGACUACGGAAAAUUCUAUGCUUCCAAAACGUUUUAUGACAGUGCUAAGAAGAGGCGUAUACUGUGGGGCUGGGUGACUGAAUCUGAUAGUGAAUCAGAUGACAUAAGGAAAGGAUGGUCUGGGAUUCAGUCAAUUCCUAGAAGCAUUGUGCUUAGUAGAACUGGUCAACAAUUAGUAGAGUGGCCAAUCAAGGAAAUAGAGAAACUACGCACCAAUAAAGUGAGUUUUGAUAGUAAGGAGCUCAAGGGUGGUUCAAUUUUUGAAGUUUCAGGGAUUACAGCUUCACAGGCCGAUGUAGAAGUUUCAUUUGAUCUGCCCAAUCUGAAUGAAGCUGAGUCUAUAGACCCAAGUUGGGUUGAUCCUCAACUGCUCUGUAGUCAAAAGGAAGCAUCUGUUAAAGGCACACUUGGGCCAUUUGGUUUGCUGGUUUUGGCAUCAAAUGACUUAUCAGAACAAACUGCAGUCUUCUUUCGCAUAUUUAAAAGAAAUGACAAUUAUGCUGUGCUCAUGUGUAGUGACCAAAGCAGGUCUUCUUUGAGGGACGGGCUUGACAAAACAACCUAUGGAGCAUUUGUUAGCAUGGAUCCUAGUGAUAGGAAAAUAUCAUUAAGAAGCUUGAUAGACCAUUCAGUUGUUGAGAGUUUUGAUGGGGAAGGGAGGACUUGCAUCACUGCUAGAGUAUAUCCAAAACUGGCUAUUGAUAAAGAAGCCUACCUAUAUGUAUUCAACAAUGGAACUCUUAGUGUUAGAGUUUCAAAGCUUAGUGCUUGGAGCAUGAAGAGAGCUCAAAUUUUUCCUAUCAAAAAGAGACGAAAGCCACAAAUCAAUUAGAACCAAACAUCUUGAAGAUUGAGGGUAUUAAAAGUAAAACAACUGGAACAUAAUAAACAGCUCAAUACUGAGUCCUCUCUCUCUCUCUCUCUCAUAUGCUAUCAUUAGCUAGUCAAGCUACCCCACAUGGUUCAGUUCCUUAUUUGUUUUUGGGCUUUUCCGAACCCAUUGGCAUCAGAGUGUUGCACCUCUAGUUAAUACAAGUUCUACACUAAUGACAAGUCGAAUAUCCAAAUCUCUUUUCUAGAUAAGAGACAAGUUCUACACCAUGACAGGUUGAACAACUAAAUCAAUUUUCUAGAUAAGAAGAGAAGUUCUACUUUUACACCAAUGGCAGUUAGAACAAACAACAAAUCUCUUUUAUACUUAAGAAGAGAAAUUCAUUAGCUUACAAAGUUAUUGAUUGGAAACAUGAGGGUCCGAAUUGGCCUCAUUUCCAAAGCUUUAAGAAAUUUGUGGGGUCUUAAGUUCGAAACUCUAGCCGCAUGGUUAUUCCUCCCUGUAAUUACCUAGUAUAUGUAGAUGGAUGGACUACUUCAGGAAAAUAGUCAAAUGCACGAACAGCCAUUGAGUACGAGACUUCAAUAAAAAAGUGGUUGAUUGGAAAAACUUUCAAGCUAUGAAUUUUUUUUGUUUGAAGACCCAAGCCCAUUCUUGGGCCAUUGUAUUUCCCUUAUAAUGCAUCUCUUUUUUGUAUUGUACUCGUACUGCUAGGUUAAAUGGACUCUAUGUAUGGGUCCUCUCUAUAACAUGUUUAGUGUAAUUCAAUAAUAUAUUCCAUCAUAUAUUUAUAGUU